CACUCCCUUCACGCACAAUCUUGCACGCCGCCCGUCUCACUCACCCGCUCGACACCAAAUUCACACAAAAUGUCCACUGACGCCACCACUCCUUCUAACACUGCGACUGCCACCUCUGUCACCGACGCCGCUAAUGGCAGUGCGGCCAAGGGAAAGGGAAAGGCCACAGAGGAUGUAAGCAUGGACAUCGAUGAACCAGAAGAAGAGGAAGAGGAUGACGACGAGGAAGCUGAAGACGACGAUGAUGAGGAGGAGGAAGACGAGCUCCAAGAGAUCGACCCUUCCGCGAUCCUCCCCUCUGGUGCCCGCCGUAGCACCCGCGGCGUCAAAGUCGACUACUCAUCCGCCGAGGCACUCCAGAAGGCCGGCCUUAAGGCCGGCGAAGACGAUGCCGAAGACACUGGCGAAGACUCGUUCGUCGCCACGGAGGAGGAUGGCCGCGACGAUUGAUCGCUUUUCAUGCCGGGUGGUCGAUGGAUGUCGUUGUCCUUUUGAAGGUGGCGCGUCUUGAUGGAUGGACGUACGUGUCUUGAGGAUGAAUGAAGCAUCGUGUUUCUUGUUGCAACCUGCCGUGUCUGUGUUAUGAUGCGUUUGGUCGAAGUUAAUGUGCUGUUGUCUGUUGUCCCAUCCCCUUUCUUUAUGCCGGUCGGUCGAGAUCAUCAUUCCGUUCUGCGUCUCUGGUCCUUCGUGGUCCCUGUGGUCCGUCCUGUUCUGUCGUGUAGCACCAUAAUUAUAAAUCUCUAUUCGCUUGUGAGAAGU